UCGCAUCCGGAACAGUUCGUCCUUUUAAAAAAUCCGGCAAAAUUAUCGAAAAGAGAAUGAUGAACCAUCAGCCAGUAACGCCAAUGGUCGAGAGGUUAACCAUCAACAGCAACAUCGCUGUUGUUAGCAAUGCGGAAAUAGGAAACAGGUGCAUCGAGCCGGGACCAUCCGUCGUGGCGGAAGAAUUCCUCCGGCCGGAAUCGAAAUCUGCCAUCAUUGCGCUCGAUCCUCGUCGUUUCACUCCGCACCAUCAACAAUUCAAGGUGAGUCUUAGCAAAGGCGAAUUAACGUCCAGUCCGCCGUCCAGCUUGUGGCCAAUGUCCAUCGAGGUUGCGACUGAAUGCCGGAUGCAAAAUGUAGAAUGUUCCACGGUGUCUUCGACGUCGGGCAAUGAUGUGAAUCAUCUAUCGCUCACGUUCACGACGACGCGGCCGAUCGAGAAAGGCCAGCGCUUGUACUUUUGGUUCUCGGAAGCGAUGCUGGCCCGUCUGGAAAUGCCUUUCCUCGUGCCCAAGAAUAUCCAAGCCGGUGACCGAUACGUUUGUCACCGAUGUUCCAGCGUCUUCGUCAAUCCCAACCCGCUGAAGCUUCACUUGUUCUUUCACUGCUCCAAUCGGUCCGUCUCUACGUCCGCCCUCUGGAACAGAGUCUUCCACACGUUAACGAAGCCAGAAAGUCCUCCAGUGAUCCCGUUCCAGCAACAGUCAUCGCGAAACGUUCUUUGCAAACCCACUCCGACCCAUUUGUUCCAAACGUUUGCUGCUGGUAAUAAUCAGCGGACGACUGGAACGAGUCCAGCCGCUCAAGUCGAGACGAUCGUGAGUCAUCUGGGCCGGUCGAAACACGGCCAUAUUUGCAUCUACUGCGGCAAGAUUUACUCGAGGAAGUACGGACUGAAAAUUCACAUUCGGACCCACACGGGAUACAAGCCGCUCAAGUGUCCCGUCUGUUCCAGGCCGUUUGGCGACCCAAGUAACCUAAACAAACACAUUCGGUUGCAUGCCGAGCAUCACCAUCAAGUCGGAUUAACUGGAGAUAAAUCACCUUACAAGUGCGAAUUAUGCGGCAAGGUGUUGAUGAGGAGACGUGAUUUAGAUCGACACAUUCAAUCGAGACACACGUCCGUUGAUUCGCCAAUCGUUCGCCAUCAGCCGAGUUCGGCCGAUUCGAUUGAUUGCCCGUCUCCGUUGAGUUCGACUCACAGCAGCAUCAGCAGCAAUAAUAACAGUGACGACGACGAAGACCAGCUCGAUGUCGUCGACAUUUGCUGA